CAACUAUACUCCCAUCCCAUACCGGCAAUGAACCCCUUCCAUCGACCAUCACAGACAGCAGCCACCUGGCGCAAGGUCGGCCUCGCAUCCGACUUCCCAGACGUCGACUCCGAAGAUGCCAAGUCGCGGAUCAAGGCCAGCUGCAAGGCAUUCCAUGUCCCCACCACGGCCACCACGGACGAGUGCCCGUCCGACACCCCCGUCGAGGCGGACCUGGACAUGCCGGGCAACAUCAACGAACAGGUCCUCGUCUUUCGGUACAAGGGCAAACUCCAUGCUAUUGACCAUCAAUGCCCUCACGCCCUGUAUCCACUAUCCUGGGGCAGCGUCUUUGAUAUCGAGGACUUCGGCAUCACUCUCAGCGCGGGCAUCAACUGUCCCAAGCACGGGUGGUCGUUCGAUCUGUUCUCGGGGCAGGCGGACCGUGGCAACUACAAGCUGAAGGUCUGGGAGGUGCAAUUGCGGGAUCCCCCGGCGUCGAAGGAGGGGGCCGCAGGGCCUGCCGAGCAGGAGGUUUGGGUGAGGCGAAAGCAGCGGAUUGGCUAGGGUGAGUAGCACGGAUUGACGGUCCGAAGCUGAUGGUAUGUGCGGCCUCUCAAGCCACGUGCCCGUUGUGGAUGGUUGUACUGAGGUUCAUCGAUGCAUAUCGCGUUGCUGUCGCGGGUGAUGUCUUCACACUGGGUCCGUCCUUCCGUGGCGACCUUGGUUGUGAUAUGCAGUCAGCGUGGCUACGGGGUCUUGAAAGUCCCUGGAUUGUACAUAGCUCUAGAAGUCACUUGGCAACAAAGAUGUACAUUAGAAUAAGGCUGGCCGUAGAGAG